UGAAAUUAUUUCCAUCUAGUUAAACUCUUAUUGGAUGGUUGUUAGGUAACUUGGAAGUUUGAAAUUUUGUGUUUUUCUAGUUAAGUCAAAAGGAGGAAACCUUUCCUGUUCGGAUGCUGUCUCAAGAAACAACUUCCAUCUUACAAGCAACCUUUUCUAAUCUCUCUAUUCUAUCUAUCUAUCUAUCUAUUGUACGUUACCAUUUUUUUUUUCAUUUUCUUUUUCAAUUACCAACCAAUAUACAUUUAUGAACGUCCUUUCCUUUCUUAUUUCUUACUUACUCCUCUUCUCUCUCUAUUUCUAAAGCAUGUGACUACUCUCUUCUUCAUUGAUGAAUGUAAACCUUUCUAGUAAAAACUUUUGAAAAUGGUGGAGAUGUUUUCCGAAAGCUUUCAAGUUACAAAUGGUGGAAUCAAUCUUCCAAUCGGGUUCCGUUUCCGGCCAACAGACGAAGAGCUCAUUGUUCACUAUCUGAAACGCAAAGCAUUAUCACUUCCACUGCCUGUCUCUGUUAUUCCUGUUGUUCAAGUUUUCCAUUCUAAUCCAUGGGAUUUACCAGGGGAUUUGAAGGAGAAAAGGUAUUUCUUUAACAGAGGAACAAGAAAAUGGGGAAAUAAUGAGAAGGUUAUGAUGAGUGAUGGAUAUGGUUUCUGGAAAGCUGUUGGGAAGGAGAAGAGUAUUAUUAAUUUUUCAGGGGUUGUUGGGAUGAGAAGGAAACUUGUUUUCUUCCAUUUGAAGAGCUUUGGUUUGCUAAAAUCUUCAUGGGUCAUGCAUGAAUUCAGACUUACUGAUUCCCAACAGAAAAUGGAGGCUGAUUGGGUUGUUUGCAAGAUUUAUGAGAAGAAAAAGAGGGUGAUUAAAUUUAAGGAUAAUCAUCUAAGGGGUUUUGUCUCUCUGGUUCCAACUUUGUCUUCUGGUUCGUGUUCAAGUGGGAUCACCGAGGAUGUUCCUAAUUUUGAUGAAUCAGAUGAUGGGGAAGAAGAAACUAGUGCUUUGAUCAUCACUUCUAAUCUCUCUCCUUAAUUAUUUGAUAUGUUUCAUUGUACUUCAUGUAGUCCAGAUCUCUUUAGUUAGACGAUGAUGUCUGACAAAUGAAAAAAGAAAA